CAUUUAGCAGUUUGCGUAUCGAUGGUGAAGGGAAGCCACAAUCCAGCUUGGCAGAUGUUCGUCAACAUUAUUUUAUCUAUUUCUCCCGUUCCUCAACCAGGAUGAUUGAUAUUUAGAUUUGGUAAUUUUGCAUGAGAAUCUGAAGGAUAUGUUCAAGUACUUACUUAUAUAUCCAAUAAACCAAGGUCUACAUGUAAAAACCGUACAAUCUUGCAUGGAGAACAGAAGAUAAUUGAAUGAGAUCCAAUUUGAAAGAAACGGAGAAAAGGACAUCCUGAUUGCUGUCUUCAAAUUACUACCAGUUAGAUGUAAUUGAUUCACUGGAAAGGAUAAAUAACUGUCGCUUAAUGCCCAGUUCAUCCACUUUGCUUCCUGUCUGUAAUGGAAUAAGUUGCAAAGGAAACAACUACAGGAAUUAUGAAUAUUGUCCUUAACUUGACCCACACCCAUUGGAAAUGUAAUCAUAGUCUGGACUUAUCAGCAUAAUUUAUGAGGUUUAGUGUGGGUCAGUGUCCAGCUCGAGAUGGCAAGUGAAUUUGUAGCAUGAGUACGACUACAAUACGAUCACCUCAUUCAGAGUGAUUCUUAAUCAAAUUUAGAUAACCCCUGCCGACGGAGGCUAAAUUUGUGGCGGUGCUGACACCCAUCGCUUUCCAGCGGAUUCUAUUCAAAUCGGGCUGUCCUCUAAUCCUUGGAAUCCUCGCAAGAAGUUUAUUUGAAUUUCAGCGAUAUGGAAGCAAAGAUCUGAUAUUUAGUGCAUGUAUGUACCAAACCUGCCUGGAAUACCAUAUAUCCAAUUUAUCCAUGAGGAUUGCAUGAGGAUUUUUUAAAAAGAUGAAUAGGAAACGUAGUGGACAAUAAAACAUUGCAUUGCUCCAUAAACCGGAAAUACCUACAUCUCGCGCUGGAGAUCGGCAAUUUGUGUUUCAUCAAUUUGUGCUUGGAGAGGAUUGUAUUUUGAGAUGGGACUAGCCUGGCUAUGAUGGGAUGAGAGAUGUGCAUUGCUACUAAACUGAGCUCUCUCUCUCUCCUCACUUCAGCUAAUGGGUGCUGUGGAGCGUUUGAUUAUAGAGAUGUAACAAUGUACGGAGAAGGCUGUGAUUACCGAUGAAUGAUGACAGCAUAUCUUGACGAUUCAAUCCCAAGGGAACUCAGCUAUUGCCGUGCAUGACAUCAUCCGAGGAAAGCAAUACUUUAAUCGUCAGAUGAAAAACAUUAGUACCCUUGUAAUUACCCGUGGAAAUUAGCCAUUAAUGCAAUGCGCUUGCAUAAUUUAGAUUUGAACAGGGAUUGUGAACUAGCAAUGCAUAAAUUUGCAUUUCAGGAUUUUCAUCAAUAAACUUGCUGCAUUUGAAAGGGGAUGCAUCAUACAAAUAAUGAAAUUGCUAUUUCCCUUUGCUGGUGAUAGGGGAUGCAUUUUACACUCUAAUAUUUACUGAAAUGACUAUUUAUCUUGGUCAAUGAUUAGAUGCUCGUUAUGGAUCCUGACGGUGCUAGAGAUAACUUCCUCACCCGUCUCAACAAAUCCCUUGAAGCUGGGUGGCAGUGUAAACUCAACCAAGAUGGACGUCUCUACUAUUUGAAUCACAACAAUGAAACAUCACAUUGGAUUCCCCCUCGUUCUAAUUGGUGUCAGGUUGGGGAUCUCCCGUACGGAUGGGAGAGUGCUCGUGAUAAGAAUGGAAAAGAAUAUUAUAUCAAUCACAGGACAUGUGUGACUACAAGAGAAGACCCUUUUGACCUGGAGGAAGCGCCCCCUGAACAGAGGGAUGUGGUGCUGGUCAGGGACGCCGCUCUGGGGUUCGGUUUCAUCGCGGGCAGCGAGAGGCCAGUCGUCAUACGAUCCGUCACUGAAGGUGGACCCUCGAUUGGUAAACUUCUUCCUGGUGAUGAGAUACUGAAAGUGAAUGGAGAGGAUGUUAAAAACAGUGAUCGUCAGUACAUCAUUGAUAAGAUCAGAUACUCAACGGAUGAAAUUGCUCUUUCUGUUAUUCAGCCCUAUAUCGACAAAACGGGCCUGAAGUCAUCGUUCUUGAGCGCUACCAAGAAGCAGAAGCUGAAAGCCAAGCCCCCUCGUGUACGAUUUGCUGACAAUGUCAACACGUUUCCUUCCAGUACGCCCAAGAUGCCGCCCAGUCUGGUGUACUUGCCAAAUGUCCUCAAGGUGUACCUAGAGAAUGGCCAAACCAAAUCCUUCAAGUAUGAUGACUCCACGACUGUUAAGGAGGUGCUGGUCAAUCUGAAGGAGAAGCUGGGACUCAAAUGCCUUGAAUACUUCUCAUUGGUCGUGGAGGAUGUGCGAGUUCUGUCACAACAUAAAUUCAUUAUCCUCCAAGAACAUGAGGCCCUUAGACAGAUUGCAGAGAGACCGGGUAGUCAGAACUGGAAGUGCCACCUCAGGAUAACCUACAUUCCCUGUGAUGCCUAUGAUCUGCUCAAUGAAGAUGCCCAGGCCUUUGAAUACUUCUACCAACAGUGCUGCAAUGAUGUUAUUGAGGAGAGGUAUUCCUCAGAGAUGAAACCAGAGAUGGCGAUGCGGUUAGCUUCCCUUCAUAUUCACCAGCAUUACUUAGCCAGCAAGCAAUCCACCAAAGUCAAUCUCAAAGUCAUUGAGAAAGAAGAUGGCCUUGACAGAUUUCUACCCAGGAACAUUCUAUCUCAAUGGAAAGCCAAAGAACUCAGGAAGAUGAUCUCACAGUACAUGAAGCAGAACCAAAACCUAACUGCCCCGGGACAGAAGCAUCUGACGGAAUUGCAAGCCAAACUACACUACCUCAAGAUCUUUGGAACUCUUAAAUCAGUCGGCACCAGAACGUUCCACACAACUAUACUGGAUUUUCCUGAUAUAAAUCAGCAGUCUGAUGCUACCGUGAUCAUAGGACCGCACUGUGACAUCAGCCUGCUGGCGAAGACUGGUGAUCGGGCCCCGGUCCUGGAAUUCAAUCAAGUGAGCCGGAUUCUUCUGACCGUGGAGUGCGGGACCGAGGAAGGGGUUCACAGACUGGAGCUGCAUCAGAAAAGUGGACAGCCUAUUGUAUUCUUGAUGCCGAGUGAAGAUGCCCAACAGAUGGCGUCCUUUAUCAAUGGAUACUACAGGCUAUUGGUGAACAGGAAUAGAACCCUGCUUACAGAAACUAGUAUAUGGCUGCCCCCUGCAAAAACAGAAGCUCCUCCAUACUAUGGCAAACACCACGUAUCUAUUGCCAGAUGGAGCUACCCUGAUGACAUUGUGUCAGAGGUCGUAACGGAAGAGACCGAUAACGUUGAUUCAUCUGAGUUUGAGAAGGCACCGAAGAGAAGGAAAACAAGAGAAGGGGAGCAGUGGGUUGACCUUUCAGCAGGACCCCCUGCAUAUGAAGCUGAUCCAAACUAUAAUAGAAACUUGACCAAGAAUGAUCGACUUCAAAACAUACCUGAAUCUGCAGAGGAACAUGACAAUGAUGAAAAUGCCGGUGAAACUGUUCAUGCGGAAGAUGAGACAGAUACGGCAGAGCCUGAGGUAUCGCCGUCCACGCUGGACGACUCCUCUCCUCUUUCAGAAGACAGCCAGUUCUCUGAGGAGAAGGCCGACAGCGAAAAAGAGGAGGAGAUUCUGUCCCUCUUGAGUAGUGGAACCUCAAGUCCUGAAAGUGAUGGUAGCCUCUCUAUCUCUAGUGGUGCUUCUGCAAUGGACAGUAACAGGAAAAAUGAAACAAAACCAAAGAAGUUUGGGAAUGCCAAGAAGAGAGACAGGUCGCUCACAGAAGGAAUCAGUAAAAAGAUCUUUAGAUCGAUCACCGGCAUGAAGUUCAGUGUGAAAGACACCGUGGCGUCCAAUGACUCUGAAAAUGUAACUGCCACUGAAGUGAAAUUUAUUAGCUCAUCUCCUAGCCCAGAUAGAAGUCUGGAAAGUGAAAGCGAUUCAUUGCAUUCUGUUGAAGAUAAUCCUAUGAUGGAAGAAGGUAGCGAGGAGAGGCCAAACUCCAGAUUAAGAGCAAGGGAUUCCAUUUUGAUACAGCACCGGAAAAUUAGUCCCAGGUUGCAAAGACGUAGGGAUAGUGAAGAUAGUCAAGGGUCUUCUGAUGACACAGUGGAUCACUCUAAGAGCUUUGACAGUGACAUUAUUGAUUUGACAAACAUUGGCGAUUUUGAUUUUGAUUCAGACCUCUCACCCUCAAAGAGUUAUGAUGCCUAUGAAGAUGUCUUUUUGGAUGAUGUGGACUCAAGUGGAAUCCAUAAAGUGGAGUUCCAUAUCGGUUCUGAGCCUGAUGAUAUAUCUCCUAGUGUUGAAGAUGACAGUGACUUGCUACCCUUGGGAAAUGAAAGCGAUGUUGAAUUGGACUUACCAGGAUUCAAUGAUGAUGAUGGUGAUGAAGUUGAGAAGGUAGGGAGUGAGAUAGAUGAUCGGAGAGCAGAUAAGCAGGAAGAGGAGGAAGAUGAUAUACCCGUAUCAGUCAUAGAUACAAGCUCUCCAGAGCCUUUGUUAACAUCACCAAUGGAAACCUCUGAUGAAGCACAUGGCAUGCAGAUAGCAGCCCUGGUGGCACUAAAUGCCAGUCUUGAAGAACCUAAGGAGUCGCUCCAAGCAUCGGCAAGGAGUCCUGAUAACGAAUGCGAGUCAGACUCUGGAAAUGAGACAAUUUCUUCAGAGAUUGACACAAAUAAUACAGAGCAUGCCAGCAUUUUCCAGUCACCCAGAGACUAUGCACCAUUUGAUACUCCAUCAAGUUUGAAUCAUUCAUUAGUUUUAGUGGAGCCUGAACUGAACAGUACUAUUUCUCUUAAGGAUGAGGAGACCCAUGAGCCGUACGGUUGUGCAGCGGGCUGUGCAACUAGCUCAGAUACUGAAAGUACUUCGACCCUGCACGGUAGCAGUCCAAACCUUAGUGCUAUUGAUGUUCAUUUGGGAGAGGACAGAGCCCCUUCAGUACAGCAUCAGAGCAUUGAUGAUGUCCUCCCUUCACUUGCAGCACCGGAAACAAGUGCAGGGAUAGGUGGCUAUGUGGACGACAUUGAGGCGCUCAUUGCUACUUUAGUUGUGCAACCUCCCCCACUUAUGGAUAGUGGAGAGAUUGAUGAAGAACUUCUUCAGGCUAUCCUCCCACCUCCACCAUUAGAAGGGUUCGAUGAAGGUACUAUAGAUAAUGUGUUACCAAAGAUGAAUCUGGGAGACAGUAUUAAUGAAGAUGACAAGAGCAAGAUAGACAUGCUCACAGACAAGUCAAAUGAAGGUGUUGCUCAAGAAGUAGAAGCCCCUGAGGAACUUGCAACAUUACUGGGUUUGUUAAAAAUGCCUUCAUCAGAUGAACAGGAUGCACCAGAAGUACUGGAUACCAGUGGUACAUGUAUAUCCAACGAUGACAUAAACAUGCGCUUAUCACUUCCUGAUUCGAAAGACUCUGAACAAGAAGAGGAAGGAAAUAUUGUCCAUCCAAGCAAUGGAUAUUAUAAUGACCAGGACAAAGAUCUUGAGUCAGAUAUAGGAGAUCUUGAGGAAGAAGCUGGUCUUAAAGAACUCCUAGAGCUCACCUUGUCCAAUGCCAUGAGUGAUAUUAAUCGUACAGAACAAAGCAAGUCUGAUGAAGAAGGGACCCCCGAAGAUGCGGUGACCCAUUUGGAAUUUGAAAAUGGUAAGGAUUUAAUCAGUGAGAUAGAGAACUGUCAUGAAGCUGAAGAAAGUGAAGAUGAUGUUACUCCAAGGCUUGCUUGCUCAAGUCCAGAUCAUGCCGGAAGUGAUGAGGAUGAAGAAAACACUGAGGAUCAGUAUGAUAGUUAUGGGCAUUUGAGAGACCAUGGUUCCCCAGAGCACAAGGUGGCAAGCAUCCUAGAUGCUAUCAUUUCCAAUGGCAUAUCUCCAAGUGCAUCAAGCUCAUCAAGCCUAUCUACCCCUAGUUAUGACAGACCGUUGAAUUCUCCUCUCGACUUGGACUCAAAGCCUCGUGGUAUUCAGCAGAGCAAGCUGCAGGGGAGUGUGGACAGUGGAUUCCAUCAGCCAGACCAAGACCAGAUUUCAGUGACCUCCCCAUCUGAAACAUCAUCUUUAGCUGGUGUAGACAACCAUUUCUCUGGAGUCUUUGAUGCUCAAAGUACAGCCAAUGUUAACACAGGAAAUGGACCUGAGGUUCAGGCAUGCCAAGAAAGUAUUAUAUCAAUGGUGGAUGAAAAAGAACCACAGAAGCCUGUAGUCAGACCAAAGAUAAUGGGAGGCAAGCCGAGUGUACCUCCCAAACCGCCUAAACCUGCAAGGCCCAAGGAUCUUCAACUCAAGCUGAAGAAUCCUGCUCCUCAGCCACCGCAGCCACCUCCCCGUAGGCGGUACAAAGCUCCAAGUAUUGCAGCCAAGGCUUCCAGGUUUGAAAGCACCAAUUUAUAUACAUCUCAUGUGAAAAGGAGUCCAGAAAGAUUUGCCACUCUCCCAAAGUCCUUCGCCAUUCCUCCAGAAACAAACGUUGAUAUUGAUAACUCUGUACAACCAAAUGAGACAAGACUUCAAUCUGAUGGCGACACUUAUAAUGCUGAAGUCAAUGGGGAUGUGCCAGAAAUCCAGAAGAGUGGCAAACCUGUGACACGCAGUCAUACUUUUUCAGAAUCUUCUCCAACAAAGGAUUCUGGUAAACUGGUUCCACAUCGAAAAGCCCCUCCGGCUCCCCUACCCAAACCAAAGAUAACCGCAGCUGCAUUGACUUCUACUUCGGAGAAAUCUUCUCCACGUUUUUCAAAAAGAAGUUCAUCUGCAACUAACUCUCCAUCACUAAACAAGAGGCAGUCUUUCACAGGUUCAUUGUCUAAAUUAUUUACGCCAAAUAAAAGUAAAACCUGGGGGCAGUUCAAAGAUGCACUCCCAUUCAAGCAAGGUUCUUUCAAAGGAAAUUCGGGCAGUAGUCGCUCCAAGUCAAAAUCUAGGAAACCUCUGAAGGCACUUUGGCCAUCAGCUACAUGUGACAACCCAGGGGAUAUUGGAAGUACGAUGAAGGAACUGUCAGAUAAUGAUAUCAACACAGAGAAAGUUGGUCGAGGCUUCUUUCAGAGGUCUGAGUCAGUGGAGUUCUGCACAAAACCAGAUUACAGCUUGGAAGUACGAGCCAGGUCUUUCUCAAUGAACAUGAUGAAAAGCAAUAGUGAGGAUUCAACAUCGGAGUCUGAUAUGGAAACCCCAAAGGGAUCACCUGACCUCAGACAGGGUGGUACCCUAAAGGGACGUCCAUCAUCUAUGAUAAGCCUGACUGACAGCUACCCUCCACCUUCCUACCAUCCCAGGAGACCGCCUCCACCUAGACCAUCCAAUCCUCCCGUCCUCAAGACAGCAAGUCUGAGCAAACUUUCAACCAAAAUGUACAUCCAGACGGGCCCGAUCUCACCAAUACCAGCUUCCUCUCCUGUUGCAUCCCCCGAGCCUGUUCCGAGUCCUGAUAGCUGCUGUGAUACAGACACAGAAGUUUCGUCUCCAACACCACCUCCCCUGCCAAUGACGAACCCUCCAGACUUCCCCAAAGCAGAAGAGAACUCUUCAGAUGUUGAUGGUCAGUACUGCAAUGGGAAUAACAAUGAGAACUUCAUCAUGGAUAUCGAAAGCAGAGACUACUUUGGGGAAAUGGCCAUCAGCCGGGCCAUUCAAGACAUUGAACUUCUUGCUGAUGACAUGAGGGACAGCAUUUCCAGAGUGGAGUGUCAGCCAAAUACACGUCAGUUCCGACAGUCAAAGGACAGCCUGUUGUCAGAGGUGCGGGAGUUCACCAGCAACACCAAAAUGGUGGUGAGUGCAGCAGGUCAGCCAGGACAACAGCUCAAGGACUGUACCAACAGCAGCAUGCACACCUUGGCUAGGCUAUGCUCCGCUACUCAGGCCUCCAUGGACGUGAUGUCUUCGCCUUCCCAAGCAAAGAACCUUGGCAAAAAGGUGGAAGACGUGGCCAGAAAUUUUGCUGCUACCCUUGCAGCAGCCAGCGAGGCUCAUGGGAAGCCUCUGAGUGAUCCCAGGAUGCAACAGCUGCUCCGAAAAGCCCAGACAAUGGCCGCUCUGCUGUCCGCCCUCAUGAGAAGUCUACGAAUGCUUCAACACUGACAGCAGCACAAGUGGGGAGUGUUUCAUGAAGAUUUGUCAGUGGUUUUCACCGACUAAUUUGCUCUUAGCCAAUCAGAUUCAAGGAUUUGCAGUAGAUUGUAACAAAAUUUGUUUCAUGAAAUACCCCCUCCACCCCCCCCCCCCCCCUGAUGUUGUUGGAAAUCCCUGUGGCAUCAAAAUUUAAUUCUGUUUAAUCUCCCAAGUCUGAUCAUUUCAUUUGUCCUGGAAAAGUUGGAUUAUAAAAGAUUAUCAGCCAUCAUUUCUAUUUUUAUUAUUUAUGGUAUUCAAGUCUUUUUAAUCAGAAUGGUCUUUAUGAGCAGUUAUUCGUUGAGAAAGGUGCUGUUUCUUUUUUUUUUUACUUCACCCUUAAUAUUUCGUUCUUUUAAAAGAAAAUCUGUAUUCACAUUACUGAGUCACUUUACUCAGAUUAUUAUUUGGAUGCAGGUUGAUUUUGAAAUUAUGAUGCCUAUUCUUACAAUUGUGUUUUAAAGUACAUGGUCUUUAAACGAAAUUGUCUUUAUGAACAGUUGUUCUUUCAAAAUUGGUGCUUUUGUCUCUUAUUUCUGAUUUAAAUUUUUUUUACUUCACAGUGUAUCUAUUUGUUAAAAGAAAUUCCUUUUUCAGAAUACUACAUCACUUUUAUUCAGAAUAUGAUUUGGGUGCUGGCUUUUGUUUUUUAUAAUUAUCAAGUUUUUAUAUCACAUUUUACAUUACCUUCAAUUUAAUGAUCUUCUUGGUCAUUGACUGUUAAUUCAGUCACAAAACAUUAUGUACAGAAAUAGAUUCAAAGUUUUUACCUUUGAUGUGUAAGGUUUGUAGAUAAAGGAUGAAACAUAUUUUGAAUAUCGAGAAAAUCAUUGAGAUUCCUAGUAAACAGUUAUCCAGCGCUGGACGCUUUUCAAGCAUACUUCAAUUCCGAUUUGCACCAUUCAAGCUAGCAUUUCUUAUUUGUCGAGCAAAUAAGACCUAGACAUGGCGUCCCCUAUAUGAGGCAAGAUAUUCUAUCAUUGUUUAGUGAUCUGCCUCAAUAGGCAAGCACUCGUAUGGGACGUAUGACAUUGUCCCAUGUAUUUAUUUUCUUGUAAGUUGACUGGCAGGUUUGUACUUGUUUAGUCUACUCUGCAGCCAUCUCUGGUAUCAGUGGUUUAGAAUCACUAAUGAUGGCUGUGAGGUAGAGAUGUUUCCUACUGUAUAUUAGGACAUUGUUUCAAUACCACGAUGGUGCACUGACCGAUAUCGAAACGCCUUUGAAAAGGAAAUUAUAAUGUUUACAAUUUAGAAUUAUAGUUUCAAAUAAUUAUAUUUAUUGAGACCAAGAUGGCAUAGGUUUGCUCCUUCACCUGUAUGAAAAGGAAGCUCAUUAGGGCCGUCUGCACCAGCCCAAGAUUUUACGUAUUUUUUUCCUAUUGUUAUGUUUCAAUUGCUGGAUAUUUGUUAUUUGUUGAAGAAAAAAUAUUUUCUUCUCACAAUAUAUUCAUUUCAUUAAAAUUGGUCAACAUGCAGACAAAUCAAUAUCAUAGUGA